UUGGAUGCCAUGCACGGAUUCCCGCUCUGACAAUAAUGUCUGGGCUGUCGAUCGAGAUAUAAUAAUAACCCAUCCCAUCUGGACGCCGAAAGAUAUACUCUAUUAGUAGGACAGCCGAAGACCGAGGAGAACGGCCCGAUGCAGAUAGUCCCUGUUGCAUGGCAUUCCGCAUAAUAUAUGAGCCUUCCCCUGGCCCUUGUUUCUCCCGAUAACUUUUUCUCUCUCCAACCUAAAUACCCAAUUUUUGACUAUGGGAAUCGAUCGAUCCUAUGCCCCGAACUGACACUCUGUCAUUACUGACACCUGCAUUGCAGUGUUUCCCACCGUCGAAGUGCCCAUUAUUUCGCGUCUCUGAAUCUGAGGAACCGAUACAGUCGUCUUGAACAGUAUAGGUAAUGCCGGAUUCGCCAGAUGAAAAGGCGGCACGGCCUCUAACGCCGAAGACCGUCUGGUCGGCACAGGAGCGAGACCAAUUGACCAGGAUCGCUACCGAUCACUCCUUACGGUACCGGAAAUCUCGCGAUGUCGAUACUGAGUCCAAUGCGUCCAAUCUGGACCCUACCAGCAGUAGCUUUGACCUUGACCAGUGGAUGCGCUACCAGGUCCGGAAGUUCCAUGAAGGUGGAUAUACCCCAAGCAAGACCGGUGUUAUCUUCAAAGAUCUGUCCGUGCAUGGCUCGGGAUCGGCCGUCCAGAUCCAACAGACUGUCGACUCGGUCAUGACGGCUCCUUUCCGCCUGAAAAGUCUCGUAUCUAGCAGCAAGACACACAAGACCAUCUUGCACAACUUCACCGGGUGUGUAAAGCGCGGUGAAAUGCUGCUGGUGUUGGGACGUCCCGGUGCAGGGUGCUCGACAUUUCUCAAGUCGAUCUCUGCCGACACGCGCGGGUUGACGGUCGACAAAUCAUCUGAGAUCCAUUACGAUGGGAUUCCACAGAAGACCAUGGCACGAGAAUUCAAGGGUGAAAUUUUGUACAACCAGGAGGUUGAGAAGCAUUUCCCCCAUUUGACCGUCGGGGAGACACUCGGCUUUGCAGCUGCCGCUCGAGCACCACGAAGCCGUGUCGAUGGGCAGACGCGCCAGGAGUACAUUGACCACGUUCGUAAUGUUGUAAUGGCCGUGUUUGGACUUUCACAUACCGUCAAUACAAAGGUCGGUUCGGACUUCGUGCGGGGCGUUAGUGGAGGAGAGCGGAAAAGAGUCUCAAUCGCAGAAAUGGCCCUGGCCGGUUCUCCUCUUUGCUGUUGGGACAAUGCAACGCGUGGAUUGGAUUCAGCGUCCUCGCUUGACUUCGCGAAAGCCUUGCAGAUGAGUUCUCGGAUAUUUGAAUCGACCCAUCUUGUUGCUCUCUAUCAAGCUUCUCAGAGCAUCUACGAUCUUUUCGAUAAAGUGAUAGUGCUAUAUGAAGGUCGCGAAAUAUUCUUCGGUUCGACUUUGCGGGCAAAAGCAUAUUUUGAAGAGAUGGGGUGGCAUUGUCCGUCUAGGCAGACCACAGGGGACUUCCUGACAAGUCUGACAAACCCUAGUGAACGACAGGCGAAACCAGGUUUCGAAAAGAUGGUACCACGUACGGCUGAGGAAUUUGAGAAGUACUGGAGGAACAGCCCUGAUUUCGAGCAGCUCAUGAGCGAUAUCAGCCAAGUGGAAAAAACGCUGGCGACCAGCAGCAAGACUGAGGAGGUAUUCUUUCGAGGUCAUCGCGAACGCCAGGCCAAACAUACCCGUCCACACAGUGCAUAUGUGAUCAGUGUCCCCAUGCAGGUGAGGAUCUGUACUGUGAGAGCCUAUCAGCGGAUUUGGAACGACAGAUCUUCCUCUGUGACAUUGAUCGGAGGCCAAAUUGUCAUGUCAUUGAUCAUCGCUUCGCUUUUCUAUGGUUCGCCCUUUGGGACACAGUCAUUCUUUGCCAAGAGCUCAGUGUUGUUCUUCGCUAUCCUGCUCAACUCUCUCAUUACUGUGACGGAAAUCAACACCCUUUACUUUAAACGGCCCAUUAUUGAGAAGCACGCUUCGUACAGGUUUUACCAUCCUUUCUCCGAAGCUCUUGCUGGUGUCGUGAGCGAUAUACCCAUAAAACUCAUCUCCGGUGUCAUUUUCAAUACCACACUCUACUUCCUUGGAGGGCUGCGGUAUGAGCCAGGGCCGUUUUUCGUGUUCUUCCUUUUCACAUUCAUGGCUGUCCUCUGCAUGAGCCAAAUAUUCAGAGCAAUCGCGGCGGCUUCAAGGACAAUCUCCCAAGCUCUUGCUGUGGCAGGAGUCGUCCUUCUUGCUGUGGUCAUUUACACUGGAUUCGUGAUUCCUAGACCAAAUAUGCAUCCUUGGUUUGGAUGGAUUUUCUGGAUCAAUCCUCUGGCAUACGCUUAUGAGAGUUUGAUCGUGAACGAAUUCCAUGGCCGAGAAUUUCCCUGUUCAAAUGUGAUCCCGAGGUAUCCUGUAUUCAAAAAUGGAUCCUACCCCAUGUUCAUUUGCGGCGAGAAAGGCGCUAUAGCAGGGGAGCUGUUUGUAAAUGGAGACAGAUAUUUAAAUGACAGCUUCCACUACCAGUUCGAACACAUGUGGCGAAAUUUCGGUAUCCUCUGCGGCUUUCUUGUAUUCUUCCUCGGCCUUUACCUGUUGAUGUCCGAAAUAAACUCAUCCAGUGGAUCAAGCGCGGAGGCUUUGGUUUACCGUUUUGGUCACGUACCCAAAUCUGUUCUGAACGCGAUCCGAGAGGGUCGCACGGGGAAAUUGACCAAGACUGAAACAGCGCAGGGACCAGAUCCUUCGCAAGAACAAGAGGCCGUCUUGCCUGCACAGCACAGCAUCUUCUCCUGGCGAAAUGUCUGCUUUGACAUCGAAAUCAAGGGUGAACCUAGACGAUUGCUGGAUGAGGUCAGCGGAUGGGUUCGGCCUGGAACCCUGACAGCUCUGAUGGGCGUUUCUGGGGCUGGUAAGACGACUCUCUUAAAUGUUCUCGCACAGCGAGCAGAUUUCGGUGUGGUUACUGGCGAGAUGCUAGUAAACGGCUCGCCCUUAGAUCCUAGCUUCCAACGAAAGACUGGCUAUGUGCAACAGCAAGAUCUCCAUCUACAUACAUCCACGGUUCGGGAGGCCUUGCGUUUCUCUGCGUUACUUCGACAGCCCAAGUCUGUCCCUGUCAAGGAGAAGUACGAAUUUGUUGAAAAAGUCAUUGGUAUGCUUAAUAUGGAGGAUUUUGCCGAGGCUGUGGUUGGCAUCCCCGGUGAAGGUCUGAACGUUGAACAGCGCAAGCUGUUGACAAUUGGCGUUGAACUGGCCGCAAAGCCUGCUCUUCUUUUGUUCCUUGACGAACCAACUUCUGGCCUUGAUAGUCAGUCAUCGUGGACGAUUGUCUCUUUCCUGCGCAGAUUAGCGGACAACGGCCAGGCGGUACUGGCGACGAUUCAUCAGCCCUCAGCAAUGCUUUUUCAGCAAUUCGACCGUUUGCUAUUCCUCGCUAAGGGUGGGAAAACCGUAUAUUUUGGAGAAAUCGGCGAGAAUUCUCGUACGCUCCUCGACUACUUUGAGAGGCAGGGGGCCCGGAAAUGUGAAUCCAACGAGAAUCCGGCUGAAUAUAUGCUUGAGCUCGCAGGUGCCGGAGCAUCUGGACAGUCAACCAUGGACUGGCAUGAGCUGUGGAAGAAAAGCCGAGAGGCAAAAGAGAUAGACGAGGAGCUGGAACAUCUCGUUGAAGCAGGGAGACAAAAUAGUUUAACCUCGAAUGAGGCAACAGCCCCUGAGAGACCCUCUGAAUUUGCAAUGCCUUUCUGGCGACAACUUCUCGCUGUGACGAUCCGAGUUUUUCAACAGUAUUGGCGCACUCCCACCUAUAUUUAUGGGAAGUUUAUCCUGGGAGUGGCAUCUGCACUCUUCGUUGGAUUCUCAUUUUAUAUCCCUGGGACUUCAAUGCAAGGGCUGCAAUCCAUUAUUUUUGCCAUAUUCAUGAUCAGCGCCGUUUUCUCUGUGUUGUUUCAACAGAUCAUGCCACAAUUUAUCUUCCAACGCGAGCUCUAUGAAGUGCGCGAGCGUCCGUCUAAGACAUACCAUUGGGCUGCAUUCAUGAUUGCCAACAUCCUCGUGGAAAUCCCCUACCAGAUGCUCUUGGGAAUCAUGGUGUUCGGUGCCUUCACUUAUCCUGUGUUUGGCAUCAUCUCGUCGGAAAAUCAAGGUGUGAUCCUAUUGAUUUUCAUGCAGUUCUUCGUCUGGGGUUCCACAUUCGCCCACGCCGUAGUGGCCGCACUGCCGGACGCGGAAACAGCCAGCCAGAUCGCCACACUCAUCUUCUACUUGACCCUCGUGUUCAACGGUGUAUUGGUCCCGCGUGAUUCCCUUCCUGGUUUCUGGAACUUUAUGUACCGCGUAUCGCCCAUGACGUAUAUCAUCAACGCCAUCGCUGCCGCCGGUGCCGGUGGUCGACCAGUCCACUGCGCCAAGAACGAGUUGAACAUCUUCCAACCCUACCCCAAUUUGACCUGCGCUCAAUACAUGGAGCCUUAUUUCAAGGGAGCUGGUCCUCUUGGCGGACAACUGUUAAACCCUGACGAUCACCACAACUGCUCGUAUUGCCAGCUUCGCGAGACGGACCAAUUCCUGGGCAUGCGUAGUAUCAAGUCUGACGAGCGCUGGCGCAAUUUCGGGUUGGUAUUUGUUUAUAUCGGCUUUGAUAUUUUCUUCGCCGUCCUAGUUUAUUAUCUUUUCAGAGUUAAGAGAUGGAGGAAGCAUUGAGACUGAUGGAGUCGUGUUUGGGUUAAUAGAUCAUACUUAAAUCAUUAAAUCACCUGAUAAAAACAAACAAUAUAAACAAGCCAAUCCUGC